UGCCUGGGCACGGCUGGCACCUGCCGUGCCCCUCGCUCCAGGCUGUUGCACACACCCUGGCAGCCUGCCCUGGCCGAGCGGCCGGCACCAGCAGCACGGCACGGCACAGUCCCAUGGCCUCCAGGACCCAGCAGGGCACAGAGGCUGCCCGCAGCCCCACCGCCUGCUACCGGGAGCUGAGCCAGUUCCCAGCUGUCACGGGCGCCGCGCUCGGGGCCGCCACAGGGGCACAGAGCUUCCAGCUCUACACCGAGUGCAGUCGCCCCGACCUGCCCCGCCGACGGCUUCUGCGGUUCAGCCGCCAUUACAGCCUGCACCGCACCGGCAAUGGCGGCCUCACUGUCAGCCGGGCAGCGCUCAGCGCCGAGAUCAACAACCAGCUCCUGAGCCGGGACUCACCCACCGGGCAGCACCGCGCCGUGCUCAGCCGCUGCCCACGGCAGGGCCAUGAGCUGCUAGAGGUGUGGGGCAGCAGUGGGCGCAGCCACAGCGUGGACCUCACAGCGCUGGGGAAGCAUGGGGAGGUCUACACAGAGGGGCCCUUUGCCUGCCUGGCCUGGUCCCACUCGGAGACACGGCUGCUCUAUGUGGCCGAGAAAAGCCGACCCAAGCGAUGGGCACCCUGCGCCUGGGAUGUGCCAGGAGCAGCCAGGCCGCCGGAGGAGGUCGAGGAUGAGGAGGACAAGGAGCAGUUUGUGUACCACGAGGACUGGGGGGAGGCACUGAGCACCCGCAGCGUGCCUGUCCUCUGCGCCCUGGACCUGGAAAGCAGCAGCCUCUCAGUGCUGGAGGGCAUCCCAGAGCACCUCUCCCCUGGCCAGGCCCUGUGGUCCCCGGGUGACAGUGGUGUGGUGUUCGUGGGCUGGUGGCACGAGCCCUUCCGCCUGGGGCUGAACGCCUGCUCUAACAGGAGGUCAGGGAUUUUCUACUUGGACCUGAGCAGCAGGAGCUGCGAGCUGCUGUCAGCCGAGCACAGAGCUGCCUUCUCCCCACGGCUGAGCCCCGACGGCCGGCGCCUGCUCUACCUGGAGGGUGGCGUGGGGGGACCGCAUCGGCAGUGCCUGUGCCUGCGCAUGCUCACCUGGCAGACGAGGCAGACACUGAUGGUGCUCGAUGUAGUGCAGGAGCCCACAGAGGCCUUCGCCGGGCUGUUCACAGAGGUGCUGCCACUGCAGUGCUGGGCAGCCGACAGCCGGCGAGCUGUGCUGGGCACCCCGCAGCGCAGCCGCACUGACCUGCUGCUGGUGGACACGGAGGCAGCCACCGUCACCAACCUGACGGCAGGGUCGCCCGAAGGGUGCUGGGAGCUGCUCACCCUCCAGUGGGACCUGCUGGUAGCCACAUGCUCAGCACCACACCACCCCCCUAGCCUGGUAGUGACGGUGCUGCCACCGGCGGGCCAGGAGCUGCCCCUUCGCUGGGUGCCGGUGGAGGACACCCCAAUAGUGCCCGGUGUCACCUGGAAGACCCUGACGGUCCGGCCCCCCUGCAGUGGGCAGACCGCAGCUGUGCACAGUGAGUGCCCGGGGGUCCCUGAUGUGCCUGGGUGCUGCCUGGGUGCCAGGGAUACCCGGGAUGGGGGGUACCAGGGUAGGGGUCCUGGGGUGGGGGGUUCUGAGCGGCACCCCUUCCCAGGCACCCAGGCUUUCGAGGCCCUGCUGCUGAGCCCACCAGACAGCAUGGCACCGCACCCCCUCGUUGUGUGUCCCCAUGGUGGCCCCCAUGCUGUCUUCGAUGCCCGCUGGCGCCCAGGCAUGGCCGCGCUGUGCUGGCUGGGCUUUGCCGUGCUCCUGGUGAACUACCGUGGCUCUCUGGGCUUUGGCCAGGCCAGCAUCAGCUCCCUGCUGUCCCGAGUGGGUGAACAGGAUGUGGCGGACACCCAGCUGGCAGUGGAGCAGGUGCUGCACAGUGAGCCCCUGGACCCAAACCGCCUGGCCCUGCUGGCUGGUUCCCAUGGAGCCUUCAUCGCCCUCCACCUCCUCACCCGUGAGCCCAAGCGCUACCGAGCCUGUGCCCUGCGCAGUCCUGUUUCCAACCUGCCUGCACUGCUUGGGACCUCCGACAUCCCUGACUGGCGCUACACCUCCCUGGGGCUGCCCUACUCCUUCGAGCGGGUACCACGUGCCGAGGAGGUGGCCACCAUGCUGCUGCGUUCUCCCAUUGCCCAGGCGGCACGGGUGCAGACACCAGUGCUGCUGUGUGUGGGUGCCCGGGACCGACGUGUCAGCCCCACGCAGGCGCUGGAGCUCUACCGGGUGCUGCGGGCCAGGGGGGUGCCCGUGCGGCUGUUGUGGUACCCGCAGGGUGGCCAUGCACUAGCCGGCGUGGAGAUGGAGGCCGAUGUCUUCAAGAACUGCGCCCAGUGGCUCCUUCAGCACAUGGGGCUGCCCUGAUGGGACAGGACAGGAGAGCACAGCCCCCAGCACCCACGGUGACCCUGCCUCUGUGCCAGCCCCAAGGAUGACCACUGGCCCUGGGGACCAUGCCAGGACCAGAGAAGGAUGAAGCAAGUGUAGCUGGAGGCAGGAUAGGAUGCAAGCUGGGGUUUGGUCUUAAAUAAACAUGAGAGACCCUAUGCAGUGCUAA